AUGCUGCUGACGCUGGCCUGGGGCUCUGUCUUCUUCCCUGGACUCUUCGCGUUUUGCACCUGGGCGCUGCGCCGCUCGCGGCCGGAAUGGACGGAGACCGACUGCGUGAUGAUCAGCACCAGGCUGGUUUCUUCGGUACAGGCUGUGCUAGCCACGGGCUCAGGGAUCGUGGUCAUCCGUUCCUGCAACGACGUGAUCAGCGACAGGCACUGGCUUGCCCGAGAAUAUGUUUGGUUUUUUAUUCCAUACAUGAUCUAUGAUACUUAUGCCAUGUACCUCUGUGAGUGGUACCGAACCAGAGACCAGAAUCUCAGCCACUCCACCACGUUUCGAAACUUCCUAAGUCAGAACCGCCUCAUGAUCACGCACCACGCGGUCAUUCUGUUUGUCCUUGUACCAGUUGCACAGAGACUCCGGGGACACCUUGGGGAUUUCUUUGUUGGUUGCAUCUUCACUGCAGAACUGAGCACUCCGUUUGUGUCACUUGGCAGAGUUCUGAUUCAGCUAAAGCAGCAGCACACCCUCCUCUACAAGAUGAACGGAAUCCUCACGCUGGCCACUUUCCUUUCCUGCCGGAUUCUCCUUUUUCCCUUUAUGUACUGGGCCUAUGGCCAACAGCAGGGGCUAAGCCUGAUCCAAGUGCCAUUCAAUAUCCCUUUCUACUGCAAUGUGGCCAAUGCCUUCCUCAUCGCUCCCCAGAUCUACUGGUUCUCUCUGCUCUGCAGGAAAGCAGCCCGACUCUUUGAUGUUCCCGAGGUCAAAAAGGAUGGCUAACCACUCCCACGGGGUCAGGCAGAGAGGCUGCCUCCUCACCAUAGCUGCGUCUCACACUCAGCGUUCUGUGGACCAAAUUACUACCCUGGAUGGUCUCAGCCUUUAUAUGUUGAUAAGCAGAUGGAUUUGAGUUUUUCUAAAGAAGUAUUCACAUUGCCUCCCUCUUCUAACCUGCCCUUUUUGCAACAGCAUUUUUUUGUCUUAGUAACAACUAUUGGAUCCUGUCAGGCCUCCACUGGCAGCAAGGUGUUCUCACUGUAAGCCUAAGGAUGCAUCCUUGGGGUUAUCUCCAAAGCUCUGGGAGGUAGAAGCAGGGGUAUG